GGGCCCGGCCCCCGCGGCGGCGCUGACGGACGGGGUGAGCCCGCCCCGCCCCGACCCGGCCCCCUCUCGCCAUCCCCGGGGAAUGGAUGGAUGGGUGCAAGACUAGGUAGAUAAUUCUGGAAGCUAUGGAUAUACUCUUCAGAAUAAGAGGAGGCUUGGAUCUUGCAUUUCAGCUUGCAACUACUGAUGAGGCAUCAACAAAAAAGGCAUUAGGAUAUGUUUUCAGUGAUCUUGAAAACAAACUGUCCUCAGAGGUUCUUGUAUUCAGAAUUUGCCACAGUUCAGUGUACGUGUGGCCUAACAAUGGUAUGACCACAGUUCCAGAGCUGACUGAUGAGUCUGCAUGUAAGGAGAUAAGACGAUUUAUACAAUUUGAUCAAGAUGAUGAGACCAAACGAAAGCUUGGCAAAAAAAAGGAUAAAAAGUUACAGGAUAUGCAGCAGAUAAUCAAUGUAGACCUCAUGUUGGAAAUGACGUCUUCAUUAGCUGCUAUGGCUCCAGUCAUUGAAAGGGAAAAGAAAGAACACCACUACAUAAAUAUGACAUUACCAGUUGAUGUUGUUGUAUCUGUUUCUCCAGAAGAGACAUGGGGAAAGGUACAAAAUCUCCUAGUGAAAGCAAUUCAUGGGCAAUUAACUGACAUGGAAAGAUGCAUCAUGAAAUAUGUGAAAGGAACAUCAAUUGUGGUACCAGAACAAUUUCAUUUCAUGUUACCAGGAAAAAAUCACCUUGUAACAAUCUCAUAUCCUACGGGUAUUUCAGAUGAUCAGUUGGAAAGUUACAGAAAGGAAUUGCAUGGGUUAUACAAUCUGCCUUGUGACAGACCGUAUUUCAAGAGAGCAAAUGCUUAUCAUUUUCCAGAUGAACCAUAUAAAGAUGGAUAUCUCAGAAAUCCACAUUUACAUCUUAGUUCACCUGGCAUGGAGUCUGGUAUGGUUUAUUUAGUACAAGGUGUAUACAGUUACCACCACUAUAUGCAGGACCGCAUCGAUGACAGUGGCUGGGGCUGUGCCUAUCGGUCUUUGCAGACCAUCUGCUCUUGGUUCAAGCACCAAGGCUACAUGGAUAGACCUAUACCAACACACAAGGAAAUUCAACAGGCACUGGUUGAUGCUGGAGACAAGCCUGCAGCAUUUGUUGGGUCACGGCAAUGGAUUGGUUCGAUUGAGGUACAGCUUGUUUUGAAUCAGCUUUUUGGAAUAACAUCCAAAAUAUUAUUUGUCAGCCAGGGUUCUGAACUAGCAUUGCAGGGAAGAGAGCUUGCUAAUCAUUUCAAGACUGAGGGAACUCCGAUUAUGAUUGGUGGAGGUGUUUUGGCUCACACGAUAUUAGGAGUGGCUUGGAAUGAGACUACAGGGUACAUUAAAUACUUGAUUCUAGACCCACAUUACACUGGAGGAGAAGAUCUGCAUGUUAUUUUGGAGAAGGGCUGGUGUGGAUGGAAGGGCCCGGAGUUUUGGAACAAGGACGCCUAUUAUAAUCUGUGCCUACCUCAACGACCAAAGGCUAUUUAAAUUCACUCUUACGCUGAACGCGCUGAGACAGAAUAGUAGCUGAUCUAGAUAAAACUGUCCUGUUAUUUAUCAAAAUAAUGCUUUAAGUCAAUCAAAACCCAGUUGAAAUAGAAAUUUUGGCUGAAUUACUUAAAUUAAGAAACUAUUUUUUUUAAUGAAACCUCUAGAAACAAGUUACCUGCUUUGAACUGUAUUCCUUACAAAUGCAUUUAUUAGGCAACAAAUACUCUGUACUUUUCCAUAGCACCAUUUUAGGUUUAUAUAGUAUUUCCUCUUCUGCUAGAAUCUUUUUAGAUUAAAUGCCAAAUCUGUUUGUUUUAUGGAAUUCUUUCAUGAAAAAAAGAUAAAAUGUCCUCUGUGUUUCAAGUUCCACUUA